AUGAGUCUCGGCAGCAGCUCCAGUUUUAUCGAAUGGUGUUGAAUGGUUGUGUGUGUUAGAGUCCAUCGCUGGGACCCUAAAAAGAGGACAUUUCCCUGUGUUUUGAGCCCAUUUCCCUAUGCACCGUCGGGUUCUAGCUAUCAGGUGAGACAGGGCUAAAAGGCACCUGGUCAAAUAACUAAGUAAAUAAGGGCAAUGUUCACGGGUAAUAUUAGAGUGAAAAUAUGCGAAGCAGCCGAUCUAAGGUUGACCGACCGUAUGACCCGCUAUGUGGGUGUAGCAGGUGUAGGCAAGGCACAACAGGAACAGACUUUAGAUCCGUAUGUUAGUUUAGAUUUAGAUGAAGUACACUGGAAUAAAACACAACCUAAACAGAAGACAUUAACACCGGUUUGGAAUGAAUGGUUCGAGCAAGAGGUGGUGGGGGCCGUCCAUCUCGGCUUCAAGAUAUUUCAUGAUUCGGCCGUCGGCAAUGAUGACUUUGUAGCCGAUGUUAAAGUGCCCUUCGAAGAGCUCUGUGCCGAUAACCAGACCCACGCCGAUAUCUGGGUGGACUUGGAACCAGCAGGGAAACUACACUUGAUAAUUGAGUUAAAAUGGGCAGAACCGGAAGAUGGGAAUAUCCGCCCGCGAGAAUUCAGGGAACGGCAAGGGUUCAACCGCCGCCGGGGCGCUAUGAGGCGGCGUGUUCAUCAGGUAAAUGGCCACAAGUUCAUGGCCACAUUCCUACGACAACCAACCUUUUGUUCGCACUGCAGAGAUUUUAUAUGGGGUCUGGGCAAGCAGGGGUACCAGUGUCAAGUAUGCACCUGCGUCAUUCACAAACGUUGUCAUCAGUCCGUCGUCACGCGAUGUCCGGGAAGCAAGAGUACAGAGACGAUCUCGGAGGAACCGUCAGUCAAGGGAAGCGGCCAGCAGAGGUUCAAUGUCAACGUGCCGCAUCGGUUUUCCGUUCACUCAUACAAGAGGUUUACGUUCUGCGACCACUGUGGCUCUUUGCUCUAUGGCCUUAUACGUCAGGGUCUCCAGUGUGAAGUAUGCAAUAUGAACGUUCACAAGAGAUGCCAGAAGAACGUAGCCAACAACUGCGGGAUCGACGUCAAACAAUUAUCAGAAAUCCUCUCGGCCAUGGGAAUACGUCCUCAAGACGAAGCCGUUAAGCGCAAGAAGAAGUCCAUCACAGAGCCGUCAAAGCUGCCCAUGUCGGCCGCGUCUUCUGUGAGUGUACCCGGAAGCAUCAGCGAGGUGGAGGAACUCGGAACUAUGAAGGACGAGGAACUCAGACUGCGGAUUGAGGCUCAGCGGAUCAUGGAUCAGAAGAUGAAGGAUCAGUACCCAGAGGAAGAACAGGACGCAAAACCAAGAGCCCUGGAUACAGAUUUGGACAUGGUGCUGGUAGGGAAGAAGCUCGGAUUAGCCGAUUUCAAUUUCAUCAAAGUGCUGGGCAAGGGAAGCUUUGGCAAGGUCAUGUUAGCUGAGCUUAAAGGAACGGAUGAGGUUUACGCUGUCAAGGUGUUGAAAAAAGACGUUAUUCUUCAAGACGACGACGUAGAAUGUACGAUGACCGAGAGGCGCAUCUUAGCUCUGGCUGCCCAUCACCCCUUCCUCACCGCUCUCCAUUCUUGCUUCCAAACCCAGGAUCGGUUAUUCUUCGUGAUGGAGUACGUCCACGGCGGUGAUCUCAUGUUCCAAAUUCAGAAGGCCCGCAAGUUUACGGAACCACGGGCCAGAUUUUACGCUGCCGAGGUGACGCUCGCCCUUCAGUUUCUUCACAAAAAUGGCGUAAUUUAUAGAGACUUGAAGCUCGACAAUAUUCUACUAGACAGCGAAGGCCACUGUAAGAUAGCAGACUUCGGCAUGUGUAAAGAAGGGAUCCGGGAGGCCAUCACCACCACCACCUUCUGUGGCACCCCAGACUACAUCGCCCCAGAGAUCCUCAAGGAAUUAGACUACGGAGCGAGCGUCGAUUGGUGGGCACUGGGAGUCCUCAUGUACGAGAUGAUGGCCGGACAACCGCCCUUCGAGGCAGAUAACGAGGAUGACUUGUUUGAGUCCAUCCUUCACGAAGAAGUUCUAUACCCUGUGUGGCUCUCCAAGGAAGCUGUCUCCAUUUUAAAAGGGUUCAUGACUAAGGAGCCGUCAAAGCGAUUAGGGUGCGUGACAGAGCGUGGGGGUGAACUGGCCAUAAGGAACCAUAAAUUCUUCCGUGAAAUUGACUGGGAGGCUCUCGAGCAGCGUAAAGUGAAGCCACCAUUCACUCCUAAGAUUAAGGGACGUAAAGACGCAGUCAACUUCGACGCAGAGUUUACCAAGGAGGAGCCAACCUUGACAUUUAUCAACGCGGAUGUGGUCCGGGCUAUAAACCAGGACGAAUUUAGAGGGUUCUCCUUCGUCAACAAAGCAUUUAAGACAACUUCGGGUGCACCCUGCCAGGCAUGAACGACUAAUGCGGCACAGUACAAAGUGCUUGAGUUCUCCCCUGGAAUGUUGACUUGCCAAAAUUUGGAGAAAAAACUCAAUUUUCUUUGGGUGGAGACUCUUCUUAAAAAAUAAUCAAGCAAGCAACCAACUCUUUUAAAAUAAUCAAGCAAACAACCAACUCUUUUAAAAUAAUCAAGCAAACAACCAACUCUUAAAAUAAUUAACCAAGCAACCUACUCUUUUAAAACAAUCAACCCAGGUGAUCAAAGUUACAUAAGGAAAGAGUAAUUUUUUAACCAUUUUAAUUGCACAAAAAUUGGAUGUCAAAAAGCACAACUGGAAACAAAUAUGAAUACAGUAUAUGUAUUGCAAAUAUUUCUUAAAAUAAUUAAUAAAUAAAUAAUAUAAUAAUAAUAAUAAUAAUAAUAAUAAUCUAUAAUACUCUGUAAUGGAUAAUUUUUUUGCAAAGGUUUUAAGUCAAAGUGAAAGAUCUCUUGAGUCUAUAGGUUACAAUAUUUUUUAAAGAUAUAUAGAUAUAUUUCAUGAUGGAGAGGUAUUGUGUCGUGGGGGACAUAUAGGAUGUUUUUUUAUUAUACUGCGGAUAGUAUUUAUAUAGUAUUGUUUUGUCGAGACGUGACGUACGUACGCGUGUAUGUCAAGUGUUAUACAAAACUGAUGAAUUGACAGGAGUUUUACAUAAGAGGUGACCAAAUGUUUAUUUAUUGUUUGUAUUCUCUCGGUGUUAAGAGAGCGAAUGCCAAUCUUUAGACUUCCAUUGCCGGAGGUUUUAAGCCUAAUUGCAUUUUUUGACGCAGCGAGCAGUUCUCAGCACCCGACAGUCGUCCGCCCACGCUCUCAAGGUUGGCUGGACGUUGAAGAACUGACCGGUGAUGAGGAGUGGUCUCAGCGUCACUUUAUACCAUGUUACUAGACACAAAGUUGACACAACUAGUGUUACUGGUGUCUGGCUUUGAAGAAGGUGCAGUUGUUGUCCCGAGGAGGAGCAGAUGGAAGUGGUAGUGACUGUGGCGGUCGUAGUUUUUAGCUUCGUACGUGACAAAAUGUGCCGCACGGCUUUACCGGGAGUCCCCUGACAAUUUUACAGCGAAAAUGGCCUGAUUGGUGGGCCUCUGGGUCGCGUCGCUCCGUUCUCCUCACGUAGAUACGAACCAGAGUCGGACGAGGAUGCCCGGUACUCGUAAUAAGCGACGACGUACGAGAGAGGACUCGCGUCGCCCGCAUCUGCUCGUCCCCGGGACGCUACGGCAGACUCGUUAACCCUUAUCUACGCACAGUUUACAAUCUUGUGGUGAGAACAGCUUCUUUGUGAGCCUCGUGUUGUAUUUCAAUAAGGUUGUUGUUUUCCUGUGUUGUGAAUAGGAGAACAGUACUUAUUAGGUGCAGCGCUGCUCUACUAACAAGUGGUAGUGGAUGAAUUAUACUAUUGUAGCCAAUGUGGUAAUGUGCUUUUAUAGUUCUCAAAAUGGCAUACAAUUACUACGUGUAUUUUCUCUAUAUUUCCCCGUGGCCGUGUCAUAAAUGAGGGUUCGGCUUUAGCGAGCUUUACGUACACGAGCGUCGGGUAACCUCGACGGUUGCGACCGAGCGAGGUCCGCGAUGCACGGACAUCCGGGAAAGUUUUCCAGCCACGUAUAAUUGACCGUUUGACGAGUUUGGGAACCAAAAGAUUACGUACACAUAUGAUGUGUAACUCUCGGUGCGUAGUGGCAGGGGACGGAGAUGAUCCCCACCCGAGUCUACCCUGUCCCUGAAUGUCGGUGUGUAUGAGCAUUGUAACAAGUCCCGGGCGGUGGCGUGCGAGUGUCGCAGCCUACCUAGAGGUUGUAGAUUAGCCCCGUAGCCGAGAGGGCCCCGCCAAAGGGUCGGGCGGCCGGACGACUUUGAUUAAUGGAUCGUUUUGUAAAAAAGUUGAUGGCCGUCAUAAUUGAUAUUUGAAAUAUUUGGGGCGGUGACUGAAGACUAUUAAGGUGCUGAUUUUAUAAAUAAUCUAAUUAUUACUACUGAACAAUUUGUUGAAACAAAACAAAACCCACUCCAUUAACUAAACAAGUGCGGUAAUAGGUGAAUCGCCGGCGUCACAGACUCGCAAUGAGUAUUUUCUUUGAUUGUGACAACGAUACUCGGUUGAGAACCUGUGGGCCGGCCGAGGCCGGUCUCGGCUGUGGUCUCAGGUUAGUGAACGGAGCGACCCGUCACCGCUGUUUCCUCUAGCAAAUCUUCCAAUCGUUUAUGUCCGUUAAUUAUUUUAUUUUUUGGUAGUGUGGUGUUAUUGUUGUAACUCGUGGGCGUCGGGGUGAGGGGCAAGUCUCCCCCAGCACUGCCCGGUGCUUCUCUGCCUCUCACCUGCAUCUGCCCACGGUAUUGCUCCAAGACCGACCUCUACUCUCGGCCCGCCUGUACGGUCCGGCCGGGUGCAGAGCGUUGGACCGUAUGUCGUUGAGCCGCUGGGGGCCCAGGUCCAGUCACGAGUGCGGCCCCCAGCCGGCCACUCAAGUCACUCUUGUCAUCUGCCUUAUCGUCUUUCGCACAAAGAAGGAAUUUUGUUGUGACCGGUGGGCGAGCACGAUGGAGGGCGGGCAGUGGUCCGUCUCCCCCAGGCGGCUUGUGUCGCCGAGACCACUGGCUGCCUUAGGCCGCAGUCGAGGCCUACGCACCACAAGCCACGCCCGCUGUCUCUGUGUGCAAUAUUGUUUGGCCCCGGGUCAGCCGUGGCCCCGUGGACGACCCCUGACCCCCGGGCCAAGCUCGGCGUGGUGCUGCGUCCACCACAGCACGCCCACCACCAAGGCAGUGUUCUCCAACCAUUCUUGACUCAUUACCAUAUCUCAUAGCCCAGACAACAAGGCCAAAGAUAGUGGGUUAUGUACUGUACUGUACUGUACUGUAUUGUACUGUACUGUAUUGUACUGUACUGGUAGAAAUAAAAAAAUAAUCAAAUCUUGUAGUUUUGUUGUCUUUGUGUUGUGGUCAAACUCUGCAUUGUUAAGUAGAUAGUUGUCUGGUGAGCGGCUUACAACCCACUAAUGCCAGGAACGCUCGUUUGUUGACGGUUGAGGCAGAUGUCCUCUUGCGGUCACUUUGUACGUAUGCCGCACAAGCCUCCGUCGCCGAGGAGUUGUGACGCAUGGAUGCCCGAAUCCAAGCAGAGGCGAGACGAGGUUCGCGAGUAUUCUCGGGUAUCGCGCGAGACGUAUGCGGAGCGUCCUGGUUGGGCGAGAUGCGCUAUUUUUGCUGUAGUCUGCCAGCGAGUGGCUGCUGCAUGCACAGCAGAUGCAGCUUUGUGUUUCUGCUGAUGUCAUAGCUGCUGGCUGCUUGAUAAAAAACAUGUAAAGCAAGCAGUGUGCCCACCAUUAAUGCUCUGUAGACAACACUUUGUGUUCAUUAGUAUUGCAGUCAGUAGCAUUUACUGUGUAAUGUGCAGUGGAGGUACUCAGCACACUACCAGAAGGUCUAUGAUAGCCACAACGUGUCAUUCUGUGCCGGACCGAACAUCACCGCUGCGCGUACUGGAGUGCCAAGCCCGGCCUCGUAAUGCAUCCCAAUAAAAAACUAUUGGUAGUAUCUGCCUCCCCCUAUGAGAGGCAACGGCAGAGUUUUCUCUAGUCUGCUGUUGCGCUCAUGCUCCUGGAAUCUCAAAGGGUGCGGGUACAGUACUCAAUGGCACCCGGGCCCUCGCCCCCGCCGGACCGUGCCGCUGCUGUAGGCUGGAAGCUUACAGAAGUAAAUGGCAUCUUCUCGCUUUAAACGGUGCAGACUCGGGCCCCCAAUUCUGUAACGGCUUUACUGAGUAUCAGAAAAAAAAUUUGACAGUCCAUCCAGUAAUCCUAAUUGGCUAUAUAAAUUUCUGAAGAGUAUUUGCAUAGCCAAAUAACUUGAUGUCUGUUUCAGGAGCCGGGCCAGACCAGAUGAGGUUGCACACAAGGGGCUUCUGUAAGUCAUAAAUUUUCAUUGGCAGCGGCCGGGAAGGAGAGUGGCGGCGGGGGGCAGGAGAUACCCUGGGGGGGUGCUUUCUCCUCGGGGCUCUGACUAACAGUGGGACCCAUCUCACAGUGGGGCCUGACUUAGAGGAGCUCAACCUACAGUGGGGUCUGACUUAGUUGGGCUCGACUUACAGUGGGGCCCAACACCACAGUGGGGCCCAAUUCACUGUAAUCAUCAGUAUUCUCCCCUUCCUCACCACCUGGGUGCUCUAAGGUAGGGUCGGUUGGUGCACAAAACAAAUGCUGUGUACAAAGUAUUUACAUAGGAAUACGCGUGCCAUUAUCUGCUAGUAAUCAUCCCUCCCUCUACCCCCUCCCUCCUCCUUUGAACUCAUACCCACUAUGGUGCUCGUCGUCAGUUUAAGCACCGUGUAGGGAUCGUAAAUAUAAGGUCAGACAGCACUAUAUUCUUCGGUUCCCAUUACUAUUGAGAGCACCCAGUUUGCCUAUGUUAGAUACACAACCCCUUCCCCUCCCCCCUUACAACCUUCCCCUCCCCUCUCACCCUUACAACCUUCCCCUCCCCUCUCACCCUUCCCCUUCCCUAUAAUACAAUCAUCCAUGUCGUCAUUGGUAUUGUACUUAAUUGCAUUUUCAUUACUUUAGUUUGGAUCUUAAGCCAAAGAGAUUGAUGUUAGCUGUAGGUUGAUGAUAGACAUUUUAAUAGGUACAUGAAUUGUUCCCAUAACUAUUCUAUUUGUAAAUGUUGGUCUGAGAGAGAGAGUGGAUGUUGGUGUGCAUGUUUGCUGCUGCUGAGCUGUGGUGGGUUGGAAAGAAGGUCAAACCGGGUCGGGUGUGAGGCAUGGGUCAAAGGUGACGAGGUGAAUGUUGUGUGUACCAGAUGUUAGCCGAAGCGACAACACCACAACACGGAGUCUCUCUAGAGGGAAGAAAACCGUGGCCGUUUCUUCUCUGCAUCUUGUGACUGUGGUGAAGAUACAGGCAGUCUUUACAUCACCUUCGACAACAUGCUGGAUCACCGCCGACGACCUCGUUCAAAACAAGCCAACGACCUUAAAAAAAAAUCCGCGAGCGAUGCGAACGAGCCUUCAGCCCAACUCUUCCUCCAACAACGCCAGCCUCUUCUGAUACAUUGGCCCUGAGUGUGGGGGGGUCUUAAUUGGACUCCAACAGAACUUUGGGUCAACCCUACUGUACUCUCUUCUACCCAUGGACUAUUGUGCCAAAAUCAACUGUCUCCCUUACUUGAAGCAUCAGUGUCCUCGUCUGUACAAUAUUCUGAUCACUGUAACUAUACGUCAAUGGGUAUUUUUGUCUUCUAAAAAAUACUUAUGUCUUUCUCUCAGCUGAUUGUAUGAGAAGCGUGAUAUAAAUAUAUUUAAGUGUUCAA